AUGCCUUCACAAACAAGUACGAGCUCUGAUGAGCUGAGCAGGCGAAAGAUUGUCGGUAUCAACAAGGAGACAGUUACAAAUACGAUAUCGACCGAUUAUCCCGGCGCACACUACGGCGAGGAGCACGCCUGGGACGUCAAUGAGUUUGCCCAGCAUCUCAACAUAGAAUUCCACCAGAAUGACCCCAACCUAGCCUCAUUCAGUCUAAUCGGCGUCGACGCCUCCAUUGCAAAUGCCUUCCGCCGUAUCAUGAUCGCCGAGAUCCCCUCCCUCGCCAUCGAGCGUGUUUUCAUAACCAACAACACCUCUGUAAUCCAGGAUGAGGUACUCGCCCAACGCCUGGGCCUCGUCCCACUCAAGGGCUCUAAGGAGGGGCUGCGAAAAUUCAUGAAGCCCUUCAAGAGGACCGAGACGGGCGGCUUCGACAACUCAUUCGACUUUAACACGGUGAACCUCCGGCUCAACGUCAAGUGCACCCGAAACCCCGACGCGAAGCCGGGCGAGAACGAUCCGAACAAGGCCUACAUCAAGUCAAACGUCUACGCCAGCGACAUCGAAUUCGUGCCCGCCGGCCAGCAGACCGAGUACUUCUCGGGCGACGGCGCCAUAGUGCCUGUGAACCCGGACAUCUUGAUUGCCAAGCUGCGGCCGGGCCAGGGCAUCGACCUCGAGAUGCACGCCCACAUCGGCUACGGCUGGGACCACGCAAAGUUCUCGCCCGUCUGCACCGCCUCGUACCGCCUCAUGCCCAUCAUCGACAUCGUCAAGCCCAUCGUCGGCGCAGACGCUGAAAAGUUCCGCGACUGCUUUCCCGAAGGCGUCAUCAGGCUGGAGCCAGUCACCGCCGCCGAGGCCAAGGAGAAGGGCAGCGGCUACGAGGGCCACAAGGGCGAGAUGAAGGCAGUUGUCAACGAUCCCAUGCGCGACACGGUCAGCAGGGAAUGCUUGCGGCAUGCCGAAUUCGAGGGCAAGGUCAAGCUUGGCCGCAAGCGAGACCAUUUCAUCUUCUCGAUUGAGAGCGCUGGGCAGUGGGACAGCGAUGAGCUCUUCCUCGCGUCCAUUGCGGAGCUUAAAACCAAGUGCAAGAAGCUAGAGGAGCAGGUUCUUAACAUGGUUAGGCUAGUCAAGCACUUUUCCAUUAGAGAACGCUGCCGCCGUCCGUCUUCACUUGAACUGCAGCCUGUAUUGGAAGACCGUGCUCAUAAAAGCCGGGUCCGUCACGGCAAUCUCCUGCCCGCUUACCAAGCCCAGCUCGGUAAGGGUCUUGGUGAGAUUGCCCCUUGUAGCCUUCUCCAAAUCGGGGGUCAUCUGCACGUAGAGCGACUUGCCUUCGGCGCGGAUGCUGGGCUUCUUCAGCUGAGCGGCUGGCUGGACCGCCAAAUGAUCGACCAGCUCCUGCAGCGUCCAGUUCGGGUCGACUUCGAGCUGGCGAGCCUCGCUCCCGCAGAUGGGACAAUCGGGUUUGCGCUCGUACUUGUAGGUGAAGGUGUAGAUGCCAGCGUCUCCCGUGUACAUCAUGUAGUUCUCUUCGAGGCCGAGUGGGGGUGCGGCGUUGCUGGCGAUCUUGAACGCCUCGUUGCAGCAGCUGGCGGCGAUUAUGGCGUUGGUCGAGGCGAUGGCGGGGAUGAUGUUUUUGACCACGCCCUGGGUCAGCGAGUAGGUGACGCCCUGGAUGCCGUACUCUUUGGCGCGAUCCAGCGCCUUCUGAAACAGCCAUGUGAUGUGCUCCGGGUCGUCCUUAUCCAGGGCUGGGAACGGCUUUUCCUUCUCCCAAGCGAUGAUGUGCGCCCACUCAAUGCAGUGCUCUGGCUGGCGCGGGAUUGUAGCGAUGGUGCAGAGCGGGACGGCGGGCCGAGGGGCGUAGAUCUCGAGCUGGCACUCGAUGCAAGCUGUCAUGGUAGGAAAGAUGACCCGAGACUGGCCCUUGAAGCCUUCGGUGCCGCCAUCGAUGAGCGGCUUGAAUGA